AUGUCCACCGACCUGGUCCGAGUGAAAGUGCACGUGAACGACGUCUUGAAGCACGGCCGUUGUUUCGGGCUGCCGGAAGCAGGGAGGAAAUGCAUUCUCAACUGGCUCGGAGCGUUAACCAGCGCUACUGCCGUUUUCAAGCUCAUUACUGUGCUCUUCCCACACAUGGAGAAGGAGACCUUUCGGCUCUUCGUGUUUCUGCCAUGGAUUGGAUUGGGAUAUCGCGGUGAGCUUGAACCUUUGGUCAAGUCUGACGUUCCGUAG